AAAAAAGAUAAAAAUAAAAUAAAAUAAAAAAAUCCACCACCACUCGAACAAAACUCAUCUCUUUUACAAAACUUGCACUCUCACACACACUGAGAGAGAGAGAGAGAGAGAUGGCUUCUCAUCUCUCUUCACAUUCACCCUCAGCUAUAUCAAGCUUCUCUCUGCAACAUGCUAAGCCUCGCUCGAACCGCUAUGCUAAUUUCAAGCCAGUUGGAUUGCAAGUUAGAUCCAGUUUGGAGGAUGAGACCGGCGCUUCUUCUAGUUCCGAUAGCUCGUUAGAGCUUACGAGGACAGAGGCAUCUCAUACUGCAACCUCUCGUCGUCAGUGUCUGACUUGUAUAUGCUCAACUAUGGCACUGAUAGUUGCUCCAGGAAUUUCGGAUUCCGACUCUAAGGCAGUUGCUAUGGAUGACAAAGAAAAAGCAGUGUGUCGCAAUUGCAGAGGCAGUGGUGCUAUUAUCUGUGAUAUGUGUGGUGGUACAGGAAAAUGGAAAGCUCUGAACAGAAAACGUGCAAAAGAUGUCUACGAGUUUACCGAAUGCCCCAACUGCUAUGGUAGGGGGAUAUUAGUGUGCCCUGUAUGUUUGGGGACAGGUUUGCCAAACAACAAAGGUCUUCUAAGGAGGCCAGACGCACGCCAAUUGCUUGAUAAGAUGUACAAUGGCCGAUUGUUACCAAAUUCCUAGCUAUUUUCAACAAUAUUCAUUAUCCCAUAUCAUGAAAAAUAAUAUAUACAAGUUUUGAUGAGAUUAUUUUACUCUCGUUUGGUACACGGUAUGAAAUAUGAUGUGAUAUGUUUAAUUA